AUGCGCGAGUAUGCGGCAAAGGAGGUCACCUUCGGCAUUGGCGCGCACGCCGGCAUGCUGCGGUGCGUUAACGAACUCGCGAACGCCGUCAAGGUCACCAUGUGCGGUGCGAAGGGAGGGGCCGCGGCGGCGGCGCCGUGGUGGAGGCUUCCCGUGGAGGUGCUGCUACUGUGGGCGACGCGCGCAGCGAGGAGCGCGUGGUCGGUGCCCGUCGCCAUCGCGCUGCUCGGGAUCGCCGUGCGGGGCCGCCGGAUGCGGAGGCAGAGCAAGGCCGUGGCGAGCUUGCGGCUUGUCCUUGACGAUAAGGUCAGGCCCUUUGCCCCUUUCAGCCCCAUGCCGCGUCCCAAUCGCUUGAUAUUGCCCCGCUGUGCUUGUGCUUGA